AUACAUAUAUAUCAAAGUUUUGUGAAUUUUGACAACAUAACCACAACGAAAUUAAAUGGUUUUUGUAUUAUUCAAGAAAAUGUAGUGAGUUUAAAGAACGCGUAACGUGGUUUUAUAUCUUUAUAUCUUUAAAAUAUUUAUUACACGAUUGUAAGCAGCUAAUUUUAUAUUCAAUAAAUCCGGUGUUGUUAUAGGUUAUUAGGAUCCAAUUAAAGUGCUAAGCAGUAGAAGCAUGAAGCUGCUCUUAGUUUUAUUAUGUUUAUUAUCAAUCUGUGAUUUUAAUUUGCUUACUGCUGCUGGAACUAGAAAUAAAAAGGCUAAAUCUGUUACAACUUUACUAAAUACUAAAUGGAGAGCUACCCCCUUAGCUCUAGAGGCUGCAGAAUAUUUAGCAGACGAAAAUAUAGACCUCUAUUGGAGUUUUAUAGAUGGUAUAAGUAAUUUAAAACCUGCUCUUUAUGAAAUAGGAAAUGAAAAACAACAAUAUGAUAAGGUAACUGAAAUCAUAUCCAAGCUUGUCUCCAGUUCUCAAGAGAUGUUACUUAAAUUUGGAUUGUCACUUCAUAUUUAUUCCCCAAAAGUUGAAAUGUUUGAUCAGAUUGCAAAAGAGCAAGAUCUUCCCUCCUGCCCCAUAGUAGUGGAUGUUGCUGGGAAAUUUUUAUGUAAUUUGGAUGAAAUUGAAAGAAGAAUAGAAGAUUUACAAUUGGAAUCUGGCUCUGUGAAAAAUCCUGGCUUUUAUAGGAUAGAUCAUCAUUAUCCUGGAUCUGAAAAUAAGAGUGUACUUGCCAUUUUAUAUGGUGAGUUAGGAACAAAAGCAUUUCCACCAUUCCAUGAAAAAUUAAAGAAUUUAGCUCUUGAUGGUAAAAUUGAUUACAUUUUAAGACACUAUAUCGAGAAAAGAGCAGAUAAGCAAUUAAGAUUGUCUGGAUAUGGUGUUGAAUUGCAAAUGAAAUCUACAGAAUACAAAGUGCAAGAUGAUGCACAGCUUCAUGACAGCAAUGAAGCUCAAGAAGGUGAAGAUGAAGAAGAUGCAGAAGUUGAGGGAUUUAAUUUUGCAAUAUUAAAGAAAUUAUUUCCUGAUGUGAAGAAGGAUUUGGAUAAAUUUAAACAACAUUUAGAGGAAUCUUCUAGUGAAAUGGCUCCUUUGAAAGUUUGGCAAUUUCAAGAACUAAGUUUGCAAGCAGCUGAAAGAAUAAUGAGCUCACCAAAAGAUGAAGUAUUAAACAUUUUUACCCAUGUUUCCCAAAACUUUCCUGUAUUGGCAAAAUCUUUAGUGAAAACUGUCGUAAAACCAGAACUUAAAUCAGAAAUUUUAAAAAAUCAAGACAUGUUUGCUUCAAUUCUAAAUUUACAACCUUCCGACACUGCCCUUUUUAUUAAUGGAAUGUUCUUUGAUGUGGACUUGGUCGACAUUUAUACACUUUUGGAAGUCAUGCGUCAAGAAUUAAGAACCAUGGAAGGACUAUUUCGAUUUGGAUUUAGAAAUAAAACGUUUACUUCGUUGCUUUCGGUAGAUUUAAAUGGUCCAUCAGAAACCCAAGAUUUUGCCAUAGACGUGCGAGAUUCUGCAGUCAACUGGAUGAACGAUAUCGAGAAAGACUCUAAAUAUCGUAGGUGGCCAACGACUCUGAUGGAACUUUUGAAACCAACUUUUCCUGGAAUGCUGAGACAAAUUCGAAGGAAUUUGUUUAAUUUGGUUCUUUUAAUUGACCCAACGUCUACAGCCUUGAAGGAUUUAUUAACUCUUGUGGAAUCAUUAUUAUAUCAAUCAGCCCCUUUUAGGAUCGGUGUUGUCUUUUCUGUUACUGCAAAUCCAAGUAUUACAGGGCUAGAUGAUGCUGGUGUAGCUAUGGUAUGUGCAUACAAUUAUGUGUCUCAGGAGAAGUCGCCGCUGGAAGCCUUCACCUUUUUGUUGUCGGUUUUGAAAUCUGCGUCAGGUUCUUCGGUAACUGUAGAUGAUGUGAAAAAACAACUUGGACAACAAUUUAGUGUAGAUGUAACUGAUGUUUUGGGUGAAGAUUCUGACUAUGAUUUCGGUCGUCAGCUAUCCGAAGAUUUUCUGCAAAGGUCUGGUUUAACUCCUCUUCCCCAAGCUUUACUAAAUGGAGUACCAUUGCCGUCAUCUCAGGCUAUUUUGGACGAUUUUGAAGAAGCUAUUCUCCAGGAAGUGAUAGUUCAGACACCAAUAAUACAGAAGGCUAUUUUCAAAGGAAAACUUCUAGAUUCCGAUAACGUUCUCGAUUAUCUUAUGAGCCAACAAAAUGUUAUGCCUCGUUUAAAUCAGAGAAUACUCAAUAAGGACAGUAGUAGUUAUCUGGAUAUGACUGGAAUAGCAAAGACUACAAUGGAUGUGAAGGAUCUUCUACAAAUGUCAAAAGCUGAAAUGACUGCGACUGCUGUAGAAAAUUUGAAGUAUUUCAUUAUCCCCAAAAAAAGUGCAAAAUAUUUUUCAAUGACUUACUGGAUUGUUGGCGAUUUGGAUUGUCCUAAAGCAAGAGAUUUGCUUUUAACUGCAUUACUAAAUAUGAAAAUAAAUACUGAAAGUAGAGUUACCUUUUUGCCAAAUGUGGAUGGCAAUAAAAAUAAUUAUCUAAAUAAAUUGGUGCUGGCAGCUUUAGAAGUUCUACCACCUGAAAACGCAACUAAUUUUGUCACCGAUUUAUUAAAAGGCGACAAAAUAAAUAAAUAUUUAGAAAACGGCAAAGACAUCGAAGUUCCUGCUGAAGUUUCAUCGAGGAUAAAGUCUCAAGAACUUUCUCUUAAAAUGCUUAGAGUUUACUGUAAAAGAGUACUUAAUUUUAAAGCCGGCGAAAGAGGAGUGAUUGCUAAUGGUAGGAUUUUGGGACCCUUUGGUGAAAACGAAACAUUUAAUUCAGAUGAUUUUGCUCUUUUUGAGAGAUUUAGUUAUACGGUAUAUGGGGAAAAGAUCGAGAAAGCUUUAGAAAAUAAUGAAGAAGAAGAAAUAUCUAGUAACAAUUUUCUUCGUGCGAUAUCCAUGCUUAUCUCUCGCUCCCAAAUAAAAUCUCGAUUCGAUAUUGCAUACUCGGGGGAUGAACAUUCUGUUAUUCACUUGCCAGCUGCUAAUUCGGAAAGUCCAGCAUUUGAGAUUACAGCAGUAGUCGAUCCCGUUUCUAGAGGAGCUCAAAAGUUGGGUCCCAUUUUGCAAGUUUUACAAGAUGUUCUCAAUUGUAAUAUGAAAAUAUUUUUAAACAGUGCAGAAAAAAAUAGCGACAUGCCUUUAAAGAGCUUUUACCGGUUUGUUCUGGAGCCUGAAAUCCAGUUUGCAGAGGACGGCCAUCAGCUGCCUGGACCAAUUGCUAAAUUUUCGAACAUGCCUACAGCCCCCUUACUAACACAAAACAUUCAUGUCCCUGAUAAUUGGCUUGUAGAAGUUGUAAGAGCAGUUUACGAUUUGGAUAAUAUUCGACUCGAAAAUGUAGACAACGUUGUACACAGUGAGUAUGAGUUAGAGUUUCUUCUUGUGGAAGGUCACUGCUUUGACGCAACUACUGGAAGUGCACCAAGAGGCCUUCAGAUAACAUUGGGCACUGAAAAGAAACCAGUUAUGGUAGAUACAAUUGUUAUGGCUAAUUUGGGUUAUUUUCAAUUAAAAGCCAAUCCUGGCGCGUGGCUUCUGCGACUACGUCAAGGAAAAAGCGCUGAUAUCUACGAAAUUGUGGGACAUGAGGGUAGUGAUACUCCCCAAAAUUCAAAUGAUAUAAAAGUUCUAAUCAGUUCCUUGAGAUCAAAUGUGAUUAAAUUAAAGGUGCAAAAGAAACCUGAUAAGAUGCAUGUAGAUCUUUUGGCCAGUGACGAAGAAAAUUCAGGAAUUUGGAACUCCAUUACAAGGUAUUUUACUUCUAUUUUUGUUUGCAAUUCAAUAAAUGUACUAUUUAUGCGUUUCAGUUCUUUUUCGGGCUCUGACGACGACACUGAUGAAAAAUUAAACAUUUUUUCUGUGGCUUCUGGACAUUUGUACGAACGAUUUUUAAGAAUUAUGAUGUUAUCAGUUAUAAAACAUACGAAAAGUGCGGUCAAAUUUUGGUUUUUGAAAAACUACUUGUCACCGCAAUUAAAGGAUUUCCUACCAUACAUGGCAAAAGAAUACGGCUUCGAGUAUGAACUUGUUCAGUAUAAGUGGCCUAGAUGGUUACAUCAACAGACCGAGAAGCAAAGAACUAUUUGGGGCUAUAAGAUCCUUUUCUUGGAUGUUCUGUUUCCCUUAGACGUUAAAAAGAUAAUUUUUGUAGAUGCAGAUCAAGUUGUUCGUGCGGAUUUAAAGGAACUUCAGCAACUUGAUUUAGGCGGUGCCCCAUACGGUUAUACGCCAUUCUGUGAGUCGAGAAAAGAAAUGGAAGGUUUUCGGUUUUGGAAACACGGUUAUUGGAAGAACCAUCUGCAAGGGCGAAAAUAUCAUAUUUCAGCUCUGUACGUUGUACACUUGAAACAGUUUCGUAGAAUAGCUGCGGGAGAUAGACUUAGAGGACAGUACCAAGCUCUCAGUCAAGACCCCAACAGUCUGUCGAAUUUAGAUCAGGAUCUUCCCAAUAAUAUGAUACAUCAGGUUGCUAUUAAGUCUCUGCCUCAAGAGUGGUUGUGGUGUGAAACUUGGUGCGAUGACGAAUCAAAGGAAAAGGCAAAAACUAUCGAUUUGUGUAACAAUCCAAUGACAAAAGAAGCUAAACUUUCAGCUGCAAUGAGGAUUCUCCCAGAAUGGAAGGAAUACGACGAAGAGAUUCGACGGUUGCAGAAAAAAAUUGACUCUGGUGUUUUAGAUGCGGAUGUUGAAGAUGUUGAUGAAGGAGGCAGUCAUAAUAUUCACAGCGAAUUAUAAUGGAGAUAUUAGGUAAAAUAAAGACGUGUAAAUAUAGAUAGGUCAAUAAAUGUGAACUGUAUAUCAGAAACAACUUUCCUAUACAUUUUUCAAUAGUAUCAACAUUACCAUGAUAGAAGUACAUUUUCAAUUUUAAAAUCACUUUCAAUAAAAUCUUUCUUUAA